AUGGAAACAGUACUUCAAGAGAGUAUACUUGCAUUGACCUUCAAUCAUGAGAGAAGUAGUAUAAUCUACUUGGCUCAACCAAGUUUUUAAGGUGAAAAUCCAAUAAAUGAGUUGAUUGAAUUGGAUUUGCACAAUCAAACUGUAUUGGAGAGGUAAUUAAUUACGAUUGAAGUUUUAGAUACAUCAUAUCAAAGUAAUUGCCAAACCAACCACCUUUUAUGCUGAUCACUUCUAGAAGGAAAGGAUAUUUAAUUUUGGCAUUCCAACCAUCCUUGAUGGAGAUAUGGCAAUUGGGAAGUAGUGCACAAGGAUUCAAUCAAUCCAUUUGGUCAGGUGAAACCAAGGGCAGAAGUGGAUACGAAAUUUAACAUGCUGAUGUGAGCAAUCUGGAUGUAAGUUUUGCAUUUUACUACUUAAAAAGGGCAUUCUAUUCUUUAGUGCUAUAGAUCAACGAAAUAUUUAUUGUGCCAAUAUUGAUGACACAAUUCAGUCGAAUGGAAAUGAAUUGAUUUUAAGUAAAUUGAGAUUGCCUGAAAGAGUAAGCGUCAACGAUCUGAAAUGUCAUCCUACAGAUUAUAAAAUAUGCAGUGCAUGUUCAGAUGGAUUAGUAAGAGUAUGGAAUCAAACCACUUACACUCAAUUAAACAGUAUACAGGAUGAACAUAACAUAAUUAUCUCGCUUGCAUUCCAAUAAGAUGGACAAAAGUUGCUGUGUGGAUGCGAUAAUGGAAAGGUACUUAAAUCAAUACUAUAAACAAUAUAGAUCUUGUGUUAUGAUGCAAAGACGCUAGGAGAUAGAAACAUACUGUUGGCCAUCUAUUAAUUAGAGUAGAAUCAUAACAAUGGGAUUUUGUGUUUACAUUGGGUAAAUUACAACGGAGCCAUCAAUUGCAGUUAAUUUUUGGCUUAUCUCUAUGAUGGAAAUAUCAAAUUGUUAAAUAUCAAAUUGCUUGUACCCUAAGAUAUGAUCAGAGAUCAAAAGGUAUCCAAAUCAAAAAAAUAAGAACUCUUUGGAAGCAUCAAAGAAAUUCAAAAUCUAUAAGCCAUUAAAAAUGAUCUAAAAUACAAUGCCUAGCGACAAUAACCAAAUAUUGGAUUAUCUAAAUUCAUAUAGAUUCACCCCUAUGCCAACUUUGUCAGUCUUAAUUCCAUCAAGACAUUGCCGGAUUAAACUCUCCAAAGCCAGAUAUUCUACUAAUACAAAACGUAGAUCAUUCUACUCAAUGAUAACACCAACCUCUUGGCUGAAUACCCUGUGUGUUCACAAUAAUAUUAAUAUUCCUUUUAGGAACUUUUUCCAGAUGAGAAUAAUAGAAUCCUAACCUAAAGAUAUCUCUACUAUAUUGAUCAACACACCAUGGAAAUCAAAUAAUAUUGUCUAGCUAAAGGAAUAUUGAAAUCAAUUGCUAAUUUAAGAUAGAUGAUUUUGGUUGAAAAUCCGAUCUUCUACCAAUUAAGCGUGAGACCAAACUCUCUCAAAUUCGCUUAAAGAACACAGUUCCUCUUAAGUUAUAAGAUAGAAACUACCUAUAGAUGUUGUACAGUCAUGUCUAAUGAUGGAGUAUUAUCGGAUAACUUAAAGGAAUAUCCUGCCAGAUUUUCCAUGUUCUUAGGUGAAGAAUGUUGGGCAAAUCCUCCAUUGUUUUUGUUGUAUGAGGAUAGAUCAAGCUACAGUAUAAUAUUCGAGGAUACUCUACCUUAGGAGGAAGAUAUGCUAAAAUUAUUGAAUAAAUAAGACAAGGAUAAAUUGCAAAAUCAAAUGAAACAAUCAUUAAAUUUAAAAGUCUAAAGAAUGUUUUGGACUCCUUUGAGAUCUGGGUUCGUUGUAAUUUAUCAGCCAAUGAAUGAAAACAUCCUGAAAUUUAGUAGAAAUAGAAAUCCAGAUAAUAAUCUCUUAGAUCUAUUAAUGCAAAGUGGUUCUGAGAUGAUUUUCAAAUUUGGGAGCGACGAGUAAGUGACAGAUUUAGUCUGGUAGAAGGAUCAACACAUUGGAGCUGUUGUCACCAUUCAUAAUGUGUAUAUAGUAGAUGAUAGUUUGAACACUCUCAAAUUGAUAUCACUUCAACCUUAAGUGAAUAAAAAGUAAUUGCAAUUAUGAUAAAUUAGGAAUCGUAUUCUUCUUACAUAUUGGAUGGCUCAGACCUUAAUUCUAUAAACAAAAUUCCACAUACUUUAUGUUUUGCUCAAUGGCACUUGUGCCUCGAUAUAAUCGAUUGAUAAUUAUGAGGAAAAGAAUGUGCUUUCUGCUUUGUUGUGGGAUAGGAUGAUUUUGCUAUGUUAGAGGUAACUAUUUGUUUUUAUGAUUAGUCAUUCCAAAAAGUAAAAUAAUAUAGAAAUCAAAACAAAAUGGAUCAAUAUUCUAUAACCCAUUUUGCAAGGGUAUAUCCACAAUAAAAGAUUCUUUAAUUAAGAAGUAGAUGAACCUACUAUUACUAAAUUGCUAUUGACUUUUGCAAAUCCAAAUAUUGAUUAUUCUCUCAUUAAAGACUUAGAAUAGUAAAAAUAACACAUUAUCAUAAAGAUUCGUCUCAUGUGCCAAGUUUAUUAUUUAACUUGAUGAUUGCAAUUAGUUUACUAAGCAUCAAAAAGCUAAAUUUUUCAUGAAUACCUUGGAUCAUGAGAAUUUAAAUGAAACAUUGUUUGGUGGUGCGGGAAUCAUUAAUAAUGAUGACUUGUAAUAGCAAUUGAUCAAAAAAAUCAAGGACAGAAGAUUCGAAUACUUAAAAGUCCUCCUUGAAUAAGCAAAAUAAUAUUAUCUUAUGACAUUUUAAUACAGGAUUGCCGCAGAAAUCGAUGCAAUCCUUAACAAAUAACCUAAUUUCAUUAUUUAAAUCUUAAAAAGGCAGAAAUAAAUAGAUAAUAUCGAUUAGUAUUUGACUAAAGAAUACACCACGAAUGAUGAGGCAAUACAAUUGGCGCAUAAGGUCCAAAAUCAAGGUAAUAUGUUCUUCAGAGACAAUAUUAAACAAUUAAUAGAGUUUUUGACUCAAUAAUAGCAACAGAUUAAGAACAAUUCAGAUACUCAAAAUAUGCUGCCUUCUUAUUACUUUACUGAUUACUUAUUAGAAAAGUUACAACAAUUAUAAAAUAUGAAGUCUUUGCAAAGUAAAGUGGAAUUUGGCAAGGAUAAAUUCAAUUUAAUUUAUGAGGAUAUUAGGAAUGAUGAGGAUGAGGAAGAGACUGUUGUUGAUAACAAGGUUAUUAGAAUAUUUGAUAGAUUAACUUACGAUACCAUUGGUUUCUUUUUAGGUGUUGGUGGACAACCAUAAUCUCAAUAAGUUAACAAUAUGCUUGAUGCAAAAAAUGAUGAUGAGGAUGGCAAACAAAAAUAAGAUUAACAAUAUGAUUUCAAUGACAAUAGCACUAAAGAAUUCUAAGAACUUCUCAUUUAUUGGAGAAUAGAUGAAGGAAAGGGCAAUAAAAUAGGAGAUUAUGGCAAUUAUAAUUGUGCUGGUGAUAUUUAUGUAAAUAAGGAGGUUAGCUCAGAAACAGAGAAUUUGUGGGAAAAGUUAGAAGAAAGUGACCCUAUGGAUUAUCAAGAUCUAUGGGGAAAUGUUUGUAAUGCAUAAUAAGGGUUUGAAAUCGGUCCUCAAGCAGGAAUUCAAACAAGGAAAAAGAAUUAUUGGAAGAAGAACAAACUUUCAGAUUUUACAAUUGAGAUGUGGAUCAAACCAUUAUAGUCAUCUGGACAGAUAUUAUAAGUAGAUCAAAAUUUUAUACUCAACAUAAAUGAGUUAAAUAUUGAAGUUAUUAUUGAUGGAUAAAUUGUGUAAUUCAAUAUUGAUGAAAACGAUGAGUAUAACCCUAUGAAUUAACCGUAAGUUAAGGUAAAUUUUUGGAAUCACAUUUGUUUAUCCUAUGAACAAUCAGCAAGUGUGUUAUAUUUAUAUAUUUAAGCCAAAUAUCAAUUUAGUUGUCAAGAACUUGAAAUUUCUAAUGAACUCUUUAAGAAUAAAAAUUUGAUUUUGGGUCAAACAACUCAAGAGCCAAAUCCAAAAUAUCCAAUCAUUAAGUGCUUAAUAACAGAAUUCAGAUUUUGGAAGCAAAAGUUUUAACUCAAGGAAGUCCGAGAUGGCUAUAGAUAGCCUCUGCCUAUUGUUCAUGAGAAAUAGAAGGAAAUUAAAAUUGAUAUUAAAUAAGAAUCCAAACCCAAACCUACCACAGGAUUGAACGCAUUUUAGGGAUUGAAAUUAGAUUUCGCCUUAGAGCCAAUUGAGGAAAAACCAACCAAAGAAAUAUAGUAGGAAGAUGAUGGAUAAAACGUAUAACAAGUAGAACAACCAAACUCUGAUUUCGGUUGGUUUGGAGGGUCGUAACCAAAUUAAUAAUAGAAUAAUAAUUUUGAAUUCGAUAGCAAUUUUAAUGCAUUUGCUUAAGCUGCUGUUCCUCAAAACUAAUAAGGAGAAUGGGGAAGUGACUUCAGUGAAUUUGCAAAUUUUGAUCAUCAAAAGCCUACUUAGAAGAACGAUUUUUCUUCUUUUUCUAAUGAAAAUCCAAAACCUCAAAAAACUUAGCAAUAGUAAGAGUAAAAAGUUAAGGAUGAAACGAAACCAGCAUAAUAAUAAAAAUAGAAAUAAGAAUAGCCGAAAGUAGAAUAAUAAUAAGUCCCUAAAUAAACAGAUAAAUAAUAAUCAUAGUAAUAAUAAUAAUAACAAUAACAAUAAUAAUAAUUACAACAAAAUUAAUAAGUCCCAUAAAAAAAUUCUAUAUAAGAAAUUUAACAAAUAGUUGAUCAAGCAGUUAAAUCAUUUGGUCUUAAAUAAACAAAAGAAGGGGUAGAUAAUUUGACAAAAGCAUUUUAAAAACUUAAUGAAUAUUUGCAGGGAAACAAAGAAAAGCUUUAAAGAGUAUUAAUAUUAUUAUAUAAUUAAGAUAUAAAAAUUCAUUGUCCAUUGUGCUUAAUAUAGAUUUGCCUUUUAGCUACUGAUUGGAAUAAAUUAAAUGCAUGAGAAAGGCAAUUUUAAAAAAGAAAUCUAUAUGCAUUUAAUUUUGAUUCAUUAAAAUAUCAUCCCGAGCCACAAACUUCAUUGGAUCAUUUAAUCAAUAUUUAUUUGUAUUGAAUAUGAAAACACAGCUCUUGCAGAAACAUUACUUAAUUAGUUGAAGUAGAGCUUAGAUAAAGUUAAACUUACAGAAGAAGAUGAUUAAUUGCUAAAGGAGUGUGAAUCAAAGUUAGCCAAAAUUCAAGAUAAAAAAAAUUCUGGAUUAUACAAAUUGACAUGUCCUAAUUGUAAAAGUCACUUCCCAUUCAAAGGGAUAAAGAAAUGCAAUAAAUGUAAUAAAGAUUUUUUUAUUUGUCAAUUUAAAUUGCUAUGCAUAUCUAAGGUUGAUUGUCUGAAAUGCAAGGCUUGUGAAUCUGUUUUCAGCAAGGAGUCAGGGUAAGUUGGUUAAAGGUGUCCAUAUUGUCAUAUAGAUGUUUUGAAUAUACCUGGCGCUUGAUUUUGAUUAUUUUAUUCAUUACAUAACAAUGCC